CUAGUCAGUCCCCCCGCACCUCCCGCGGGGCUGGCGCCUCCGGCUCGGUGUAGUAGAACUCCGGAAGCUUCUCUGACCUUUUCGCGCAAGCGCGCGCCACCUUUACUUCGGCUCUCCCUUCUCUCAGCUCCCUCUCUCCUUCUCCCCGCCCCGUGCAUUCGCGCAUGCGUACUCUAGCUGACUUCUUCCGCGCCUCCUCUCUGAGUCAGCUGCGGCCGCCGUCAGCCAGCCCAUUUCGCCGCUUCUCCCAUGGUCCGCGGCGGGACGGUGUGUCGUCCGGAUAGUGGCGCCACUGCCCGAGUUGGAGCCGGAGUCGAGUGAAUUUGGAGGGGUCUCUUCGAGGCUGACAGGUGGACCGGCGCCGGGGAGGGGAGGAACUGGAGGAAGAAGACUCGGCCGCGGGGGCUACCCCUACCCCGGCUGUGGAAGAUGGUGUUCGAGUCGGUGGUGGUGGACGUGUUGAAUCGGUUCUUGGGGGAUUAUGUAGUGAACCUGGACACUUCCCAGCUGACGCUGGGCAUCUGGGGAGGAGCUGUAGCCCUUAAGAAUCUUGAAAUUAAAGAAAAUGCAUUGAGUGAAUUGGAUGUACCAUUUAAAGUCAAAGCUGGACACAUAGGUAAACUUGAUCUCGUGAUUCCAUGGACAAACCUUUACACUCAGCCAGUUGAGGCAGUAUUGGAUGGAAUUUACUUACUUAUAGUGCCUUCAACCACUUUGAAGUAUGACGCAGAAAAAGAAGAAAAAUAUCACUUAGAUUUAAAGCUGAGAGAACUAAAAAGAAUAGAAGAUGCAAAACAGAAAAUGGCAAAUAAAGAGAAUCCACAACAAGAAAAACAGGAUACUUUUUCAGAAAAGCUAAUCGCACAGAUAAUAAAAAAUCUUCAGUUAAAAAUUUCUAACAUCCAUGUCCGAUAUGAAGAUGAUGUUACAAAUCGAAAAAACCCAUUGUCGUGUGGGAUAUCUCUUCAGAAUUUCAGCAUGGAGACAACUGAUCAAAAUUGGAAACCAUGUGUACAUAAUGCAGCUGAGAAAGCGUUUUCUAAGCUAAUACGUUUAGAUAACCUUUUUGGCUACUGGAAUGUGAAGUCUAAGAUGUUUCACAAGUAUAGUGAUAAUAAAUCUUUGGAAAGUUUAAAGUAUGGAAUUGUCCAUGAAGACAUUAUCCCAGAAGGUUAUGAUUUUGUAUUCCGUCCCAUAUCAGCUCAAGCCAAACUCCACAUGAAUCUCCGAACUGAUUUAGAUUUUUCUACACCAAAAAUGGAUUUGGAUAUUAAGCUACAAGAUAUAGGCAUUGAAUUGAAUAAAUUACAGUAUUUCAGUGUCAUGCAACUCCUUGAAUCUGUUGACAUGAUGACUCAAAACCUGCCAUAUAGGAAAUACAGGCCUGAUGUAAUUGUUCACAACAAUGCCCAAAAAUGGUGGGAGUAUGCAAUAACUGGUAUUCUUAAAGUAAAUAUCCAGCCAAGGAUGCGCAUGUGGUCAUGGAAAUACAUUCGUGAACAUAGGCAAAACAUGAAGCAGUAUAAAGAGCUUUAUAAGAGAAAGAUAAGAAGUAAGAAGCCAACUGCUGAAAUUUUAAGCUCUUUGCAGGUUUUGGAAAAGGUCUUAGAUGUAUUUAACAUCAUUUUGGCAAGACAACAAGCAGAAGCUGAGGUAAAGAAAGCUGGACUCAAAAUUUAUGGAUCAUCUCCUGAGGAAAAUAGAGGCUGGUUUGGUUGGAUAUGGAAUUGGUCAGAGUCAGGCAAUAAUGAACAGACAGAUGCUAAACCUGCAAGUCUUGAAGAACAUAUGACAUCAGAAGAGAAGGCUAAACUCUAUGAAGCAAUUGGUUAUAGUGAAAACGUUGUUGACCCAACAUUGCCCAAAACAUAUGAAGCCACAAAAUUAUCUCUACGCUUGGAAAGCAUGCAUAUUGCCUUAAGGGAAAAAAAUGAAAAAUCUGAGUUGGUACUUAUUUCGUUGGGAGAAUUCAGCACAUUGAUCAUACAACGACCAGGAGCACAAGCAAUAAAAUUUGAAAGCAAAAUAGACUCAUUUCAUAUUACUGGUUCAUCAAGUUAUGACCCCAAACCUUGCCUCCUUUCUCCACUGGAUGAUUUUUCUUCACUUUUCAAAAUUAUGUUUGAGACCAACCCAUUAGAUGGAUCUGCUGCUCAGAGAUGUGUCGUAGAAGCUGAGCCUUUGGAAAUCAUAUAUGAUGCAAAAACAGUAAAUGGUAUUGUGGAAUUCUUUCGGCCCCCAAAAGAAGUUCGUUUGGCACAGUUGACUACAGCAACUUUGAUGAAACUGGAAGAAUUUCGUGAGAAGACAUCAACAGGUUUAUUGUAUGUUAUUGAAACACAGAAAAUUCUUGAUCUCAAAAUUAAUAUGAAGGCUUCAUACAUUAUUAUCCCACAAGAUGGAUUUUAUACUGCCACAUCAAAUUUACUUCUCUUGGAUCUUGGUCAUCUAAAGGUGUCAAGCAGAAGUCGUUCUGAGUUACCACACAUUGAAAAAAGCCAGUCUAAUAUAGAAGAGAUUAUAUCUAGAGCUUAUGAUAAUUUUGAUAUUCAACUUAGUAGCAUACAGCUACUUUUUAGCACAGCUGGUGAUGAUUGGAAAGAAGCUCGAAAAGUCAAGCGUUCUCAUCAGCAUAUCUUGGAGCCGCUGCAUUUUAAUGUGGAAUUGUCCAGGGCCAUGGUUGACACAGAUAUAAGAAUGCCUAAAUUCAAAGUUUUUGGACAUCUGCCUCUACUUUCUUUGCAAGUUUCAGAUAAAAAAUUAAGAGGGAUUUUGGAAUUAGUUAAAAGUAUUCCAAGGCCACAAAGUGGAACUGAUGUAUCUGCCCCUUCAAAACCAUCUCUGGUUCAUGUAUCUUCUUCUUUUGGAACACCACAGAUUUCACAAAGGCUGCUUCCUUUAUUGGAACUUCAAUCCAUUAUCGAAGAUGAAUCGGAAGAGGAAUUUUUUGAUGCUCCGUGUAGUCCAAUAGAAGAAACUCCUUGUGUGCCGAUUCCGAGUUAUAAUGUUCGACAAAGACGGUCUCAGAAACAAGAGCCUAUAAACUUGAUUGAUUUUACAAUGAGAUUUGAGAUACCUGAGGUUUUAAUACAGUGUUAUCACCUUGUUGAAAAUUCGGAGCAGCCUAUGUUGGAACUAGAUAUCCUAGGAUUAGGCACAGAGAUUCAGUUGAGAAGAUUUGACAUGAGAGCAAGUGCUUACCUGAAGGAAAUUUGUUUAAAAUGUCCAGAGUACAUGGAUGAAAAGGGUAAACCAGUAUACAUUAUCACAACACUUGAUAAUACAGUAGAAGAUCUGCUAACACUGGAAUAUGUUAAUGCUGAUAAACAUGGACCAAACCUUAAAACUACCUAUAAGAAUGUUCUACAACUGUUAAAGGUAAAUUUUUCCUCUUUGGAUAUUCAUUUGCAUACUGAGGCACUUUUGAGUAUUAGGAAUUUUAUAAAUAAUCUCCUUCCUGGAAGAGAGGUAAAAUCACCCUCAGAAAGUCAAAUCGUGGAAACUGAAGACAGAGGAGAAAUAGUUAAGAAAUUAUCUUCCAAGAUAUCUAGAACUGAAGAUGUCAUUACCCUAAAGGUCAUUGCUGAAUUGUCUUGCUUAUGUAUCUAUAUUGAAGACCAGAGAUAUAGAAUUGCUGAAAUUACAAUUGAAGGAUUUGAUUCCCAGGUGGUAAUGAGACACACUAUAACUGAAGUAAAUGUAAACCUGAAAAAUAUUAUUAUUUUAGAUUCUGAUGAAAUGGCAUUAUAUAAAAAGGUUCUUUAUAUAACUGGAAAAGAAGUCUUCAGUUUCAAAAUGGUUUCUUAUCUGGGUGCUACUGCUGGUGCUGAAUAUAUAAAUAUGAAUGUAGUUGAUAGUGAGGUUACUUUAACUGUUGGCUGCAUUGAAGUUGUUGUAAUAAUGAAAUUUCUAUAUUCUGUAAUGGCUUUUAUAAACAACUUUCAGAGAGCAAAAGAAGCUUUGACUGAAGCAACAGUUCAAGCAACAGGUAUAGCUGGUGGUGUAAAAGAACUGGCAAAAAGGAGUUCCCGAAUGGCAUUGGAUAUUCACAUCAAAGCACCUGUUGUAGUAAUCCCACAGUCAUCAGCAUCUGAAAAUGUCUUGGUUGCUGAUUUUGGGCUAAUUACAAUGAAGAACAAAUUCUACAUGGUGUCAAAGAGCCAGUAUAACCCUCCCCCUGUAAUUGAUGAUAUAACAGUAAAGCUGAGUGAGAUGAAGCUCUACAGGUCUCAGUUUGUUGAAGGCCAAUUUCCUGAAGUACUAGAUAUAAUGCAACCAAUAAAUCUUGAGGUUAAUGUUCAACGAAACUUAUCCUGGGAAUGGUACCGAGAUAUUCCCGCUAUGAACCUUGAUGCUCAGCUUAAACCAAUGGAGCUUAUUCUAAGUCAAGAAGACCUGACUAUGAUCUUUAAAAUGUUGUACGAAAACAUAUGGAUUGAAGAUCCUAAUCCUUCAGUACCUGUAGUCAGACAAGAGUCUAGUAUUGUUAGUGGUCUAACAACUCAUCGCUUUUCUGGAGGAUCAACUUUAGUGACAACAGCAGUGGUGGAAACACAUUCACGUGUACCACGUGUUAAGACUACAUUAAACCUCAAUUUCAGAACUGACUAUAUGACUUUAACUGUGUACAGUCCAGAUCCUAAAAAUACUUCCUUUGUAAAUGUUCGGGAUCCUCAUUUGAAACUUGCAGAGUUUAAAUUGGAACAGAUUUUAAGUGUUGGGAAAAUGUUUACCGAUGACUCAGUAUUUUUUUCAUUCUCCUUGAAACACUGUAUAUUAGAAGAUAAACAGAGCCAUAUCCAGAAAGCAACUCCACAAAUGAUUGGACUCACAGUUGGCUUUGAAAGAAAGGAUAUGAUGGAUGUAAGAUACAAACGAAACAAAGAUGGUGUUAUAAUCGAUGUAAUUUUACAAGAGCUAUAUCUCUGUGCGAGUAUUGAAUUCUUGAAAGCAGUUGCAGAUGUUUUUCUUACAGCCUAUUACAGUGUUAUUGUUAUAGAGACACCUACUACUACUGUUCAACCAUUGUCCUCAAAAGAAGUGCAAUUCGAUAUCGAAGAGAAAUGGGAAAUGAAUAUUUUGAUUAAAAAUCCUGAAAUUGUGUUUGUGGCUGAUAUGUCAAAACAUGAUGCUCCAGCAUUAGUGGUUACAACACAGUGUGAAAUCUGUUGGAAAUGGUCACCUCUUUUAGAUACAAUAACUGCUGCAAUUAAAGACCUCCAAGUGAGAGCAUGUCCCUUUCUUCCAGGAAAGAGAGAAGGCAAAGUCACUACGGUUUUGCAGCCAUGUGACUUGUUCUAUCAGAGUAUUCAGUCAGGUACAGAUCCACAGAUGGUUGAUAUAUCAGUAAAAGCCCUGACACUCAAGAUUUCACCUAUUAUCAUAAAUACCAUAAUUACCAUAAUGUCAACAUUUUAUAAAACUGCAGAAGUUAAGCAUCGAGAAUCAUUUCCCUCUCAGCCAGAUUUGUGGGACAAAAUGGAUACAAAGAAGCUGAAAAUGUGGUUUCUUGAAGAGUCAAGUGAUAAUGAAAAUGUGGCUGCUGUGACAGAGUUGGUUCCCAAUGGAGAGAUGAUAAAAAUGACUAUUGACUCCAUUUUUGUAGUUCUUGAAGCUGGGGUCGGUCAUAGAACAGUACCAAUGCUCUUGGCUAAGUCAUAUUUUUCAGGGGAAGGCAAAAACUGGAGUACUCUAAUUAAUCUUCACUGUCAUCUUGAGUUAGAAGUACAUUAUUACAAUGAAAUGUUUGGUGUAUGGGAACCUUUACUAGAACCCUUAGAAAUUGAUCAAACUGAAGAUUUUAGACCAUGGAAUCUUGGAAUAAAGAUUAAAAAGAAAGCAAGGAAGACUUUGGUUGAAUCGGACACUGAGGAAGAGAACUAUAAAGUGCCAGAGUACAAAACAGUAAUAAGUUUCUAUUCAAAAGAUCAAUUGAACAUUACAUUAUCUAAAUGUGGCCUUGUAAUGUUGAAUAAUUUAGGAAAGGCAUUUGCAGAAGCUGCUACACAAACUUCGGAUGUCUUCACAAAGGAUCAAGCACCAUUUAUGAUUUUCAAUUCUCUUGGCAUUACCAUCUCUGUGUCAAUGAGUGAUUCCUUUCGUGUUCUUAAUGUUCCUGUGGCAAAAACAUAUGAAUUAAAAAAUGAAGAGAAUUUAAGUAUGGAUUAUUUCAGAAGUAACGAUGGUGAUCAGUUUAGUGCAAUGACCAGCCUAAGCAGCAAACUUUUUUUCAUUCUGCUCACACCUGAUAACCAUUCUACUGCUGAUAAGAUUCCAUUAACAAAAGUGGGUCGACGUUUAUACACUGUUAGACACAGAGAGUCUGGUGUUGAAAGAUCUAUUGUUUGUCAAAUUGAUACAGUUGAAGGAAGUAAGAAGGUUACAGUCCGAUCCCCAGUGCAGAUGCGAAAUCAUUUCUCAAUUCCAUUGAAUAUUUAUGAAGGUGACACAUUAUUGGGAACUGCUUUACCAGAAAAUGAGUUCAACGUGCCAUUGACAUCUUAUCGAUCAGUCCUGUUUUUGAAACCAGAAGGUGAAGAAUAUGGACCAUGUGAUGCAAUCAACUUUGAAGAAAUUAUAAAAUAUGAAGGACUCCUUCUAGAAAAGAAAUGUCAAGCUUUAUCCUUAUCUAAGAAAGCAUUUAUCAUUAAUAUUGUACCUGAAAAAGACCAAUUGACAUCAAUGUCAGCAUAUUCAGAUGAUGGAUGGGAUUUACCAUACAUAAUUCACCUCUGGCCUCCUGUUCUUCUACGCAAUUUUCUUCCUUACAAAAUUGCUUAUUAUUUAGAGGGGAAUGAACUUAGAGUUUUCACUCUAACGGAGGGUUGUUCAGCCCAGAUUUAUACUGCAGAGUUGGAUAACACUAGGCUACAUUUAAAGUUAAUUGACUAUCUUGACCAUGAUUGGAAAAGUGAAUAUCAAAUAAGAUCUAAUCAACAUGAUAUUGGCUUUAUUAGUUUCAUUUGUGUCACUGAGAUAGAGAAGACAGAAUUAGUUAUUGCCAUUCACUUGACUUACACUCCUGGCCAGGCAAUUGUAGCAUUUCACAGCCCUUAUUGGAUGGUGAAUAAAACUGGUCGGAUGCUACAGUACAAAGCAGAUGGGAUUCAUCGAAAGCAUCCUCCUGAUUAUAAAAAGCCAGUACUCUUUUCUUUCCAGCCUAAACACUUUUUUAAUAAUAACAAGGUUCAGCUAAUGGUAACUGACAGUGAAUUAUCAGAUCAGUUUUCAAUUGAUACUGUAGGUAGUCAUGGAGCUAUUAAAUGUAAAGGCAUGACAAUGGAGUAUCAAGUUGGUGUGACCAUAGACUUGAGUAGUUUUAACCUUACAAGAAUUGUGACAUUUACUCCUUUUUAUAUAAUAAAUAACAAAAGUAAAUAUCGUGUAAAAAUAUCAGAAGAGGGAAAUGAAAAAUGGAUCUCUCUUGAUUUGGAGCAGUGUGUCCCCUUUUGGCCUGAAACAACUUCUAAUAAACUGCUGAUUCUAGUUGAAAACAGUGAAGAUCCUCCAAAGAAGAUACAUUUUAACAAACAAGAAAAUUGCAUUUUACUGAAUCUAGGCAAUGAACUUGGAGGAAUUAUAGUACAAGUUCACAUGGCUGAGCACUCUACAAUUAUUACAUUUAUGGAUUAUCAUGAUGGAUCUGCUACAUUCCUUUUAAUAAAUCACACCAAGGAUGAGAUGGUUGAAUAUAAACAAAGCUGCCUCCCUGAAAUGGAAGACAUGCUUCCUCCUGGUAAAGCAGUUUUAUAUACUUGGAGUGAUCCUAUAGGCUCUAGAAAACUGACCUGGAAAUGUGGAAAGAGCCGUGGUGAAGUAACACAAAAAGAUGAUAUGAUGACACCAAUAAAUUUGGGUGGGAAAAAGACCAUUUAUUUAGUUUCAUUCUUUGAAGGCUUGCAACGCAUUAUUUUAUUUACUGAAGAUCCAAAAGUGUUUAAAGUGACAUAUGAAAGUGAAAAAGCAGAGUUGGCAGAGCAAGAAAUCGUGUUGUCAUUACAAGAUGUUGGAAUUUCAUUGGUUAAUAAUUACACAAAACAAGAAGUAGCCUAUAUUGGCAUCACAAGCUCGGAUGUAGUUUGGGAGACAAAACCAAAGAAGAAAGCAAGAUGGAGGCCAUUGAGUGUAAAGCAAACUGAAAAAUUAGAGAAAGAAUUUAAAGAAUACAUUGAGAUUUCGCCUUCAGAAGAUAAGAUUAUAGAGUUGGAACCUAAUGUUUCGGUUUGUUUAACACCUAGUGGUAGUAACAUGAAAAUUCUACAACCACAUGUAAUACCUGUACGAAGAAAUUACCUGCCAGCAGUAAAAUUAGAAUAUAAUACAUCUGCACACCAGACAUCUUUCAGAGUCCAAAUUUAUAGGAUACAGAUACAAAAUCAAAUACAUGGAGCUAUAUUUCCCUUUGUAUUUUAUCCCAUUAAACCUCCCAAGUCAGUCACCAUGGAUUCAGCACCAAAACCAUUUACAGAUGUAAGUAUUGUGAUGAGAUCUGCAGGACAUUCACAGAUAUCACGUAUUAAGUAUUUUAAAGUGUUGAUACAAGAAAUGGACCUGAGGUUAGAUCUUGGAUUUCUUUAUGCCCUGGCAGAACUCAUGGCAGAAGCUGAGGUGACCGAAAAACUUGAGGUUGAACUUUUCCAUAAAGAUAUUGAAUAUUUUGAAGAAGGAUUUAAGACAGACUCAUUAACAGAUAUAACACAAGUUAGCCUUUAUGAAUAUUUUCAUAUUUCUCCUAUCAAGUUGCACUUGAGUGUUUCACUGAGUUCGGGUAGAGAUGAUGCUAAAGAUACAACACAUGGAGGACUGAUUCCAGUUCAUUCAAUAAACCUUUUGCUGAAGAGUAUUGGUGCUACUCUUACAGAUGUGCAAGAUGUAGUAUUUAAGUUGGCGUUUUUCGAACUUAACUAUCAGUUCCAUACAACACCCCAACUACAGUCUGAAGUCAUAAGACAUUACUCAAAACAGGCCAUUAAGCAAAUGUAUGUUCUUAUUCUUGGACUUGAAGUUUUAGGAAAUCCAUUUGGCUUAAUUAGAGAAUUUUCUGAAGGAGUAGAAGCAUUUUUCUAUGAACCAUAUCAUGGAGCUAUCCAGGGUCCUGAAGAAUUUAUAGAGGGUAUGGCAUUAGGACUUAAAGCGCUAGUUGGAGGAGCUGUUGGUGGACUGGCAGGUGCUGCCUCUAAAAUAACUAAUGCUAUGGCUAAAGGUGUAGCAGCCAUGACUAUGGAUGAAGAUUACCAGCAGAAGAGAAGAGAAGCCAUGAAUAAACAACCUGCGGGUCUUAGAGAAGGCAUCACACGUGGAGGAAAAGGCUUAGUUUCUGGUUUUGUAAGUGGUAUAACGGGAAUAGUGACUAAGCCAAUCAAAGGAGCCCAAAAAGAAGGAGCAGCAGGGUUCUUUAAAGGUGUUGGGAAAGGAUUAGUUGGAGCAGUGGCAAGGCCAACAGGAGGAAUUAUAGAUAUGGCUAGUAGCACCUUUCAGGGAAUUAAAAGAGCUACUGAGAGUUCGGAUGAAGUAGAGAGUCUUCGUCCCCCAAGAUUCUUUAACGAAGAUGGUGUUAUUAGACCUUACAGAUUGCGGGAUGGAACCGGAAAUCAGAUGUUACAGGUAUCAAAAAGUUUGAUAUGAAAACAGUUAAUGCAUGACUUUGCAAGUGAAAGCCUACAAUAGAUUUUUAUAUCAACAUAGCCAUAAAACUUUGCAAACUACGUACAACAAUUGCAAUGUUUUAAUAAAGUGAAAAGCCUUAUUAAUGGUAACUACAUAUAUAUAGGGAUUGUUAGCAGGUCUAAAUGUUUUGUAGGGUCUUAUCUUAAUUUUGCACCAUACACAUUUUCAACCAUGGUUUUAUGUAAAGUCCAAUAAGAUCAGUUGAAACCCACUUUGCCUUGUUUACCUUGUGAAUCUAAUUAUUUUAACAUUUGCACUGUGCCAUUUUGAAGUGUUUCAUUAGUGUCACAAAUAUGAUGAUUGUCCUGGGUUCAGGAAAGGGCAGUCAGAACUGUUUAUAUACCAGAGUUUUUCAGGGUUCUUAUGCUUUCCAGACAGUCAUUUGAGCCAUAGUAAAACGUUUAUAUAGCUUAAUUGCUUUUCUUUCCCAUAGAGCAUUCUAUUUUCAAAAGUUUUUUCAGGUUUUAAUUACUAGGUAUUUCAAGUCAAAACAAACUUUCUUCUUAUAAAAGUAGUUCUUCUGGGAUUAUCGACACCACUGAGUUAGUAUACCUUAUCCAGAAAGAUAGUUAAAGAAGUAGAAAGGUUUUUUGGUUGUUGUUUUUUUUAAGUGAACUGGAAGUUCUCCACUCCUUAAUUGGCUUUUUAAAGUUUUUUUCACCCAGUAUAAUUUAAAGCAUUUUACAUGAUUUAAAGUGAUUUAAAUCCUCAGUGAGAAAUUAAGGAGAGGUUUUCUUUGUAGAUAUAAAUAUUUACUACACUAUAUAACCUUUAUUAUAAAACACAUUGGUGGUUCUAAUAUGCUAGAGUAAUGCUGACAUGUUACAAUAACACUGUGCUUAAAGUAAUUAUGAGUAAACUAAACAAGUCAGAGUUUUAAUUUAACUACCACUUAUUCAGUAAAGCAUGUAUCUGAUAGCCUUCAUUACAGAAUCCUUGUGAAUGAUGAAAACUGUGAUAGCAUAACAUGAGGCCAGAUCUUUUUUGGCAGUGCAGCUUUUCAUUUAGAAAUGCCAUACUCCAUGUAAUAUAGUGUCUUUCUAAAACUUUAAAACAAUUUUGGAAUCAUACUUGCACCCAUUAGUCAAAAGUGAUUUCUAAAGGGCAUUAUAGGAUAAGUUAUAUUAUGAAAAAUGCUAUGUGGUGAAGGUGAGAAUCACUUACUCUAGUACUUAAAAACUAUUACCUAACCAUUUCCCUUCUUGUUCAUGUUAAUCUAGCAUUUCACACAUAUUCAGUUUUAAUUAUAAUAGUUUAAAUUCAACUUUUAAAGUAUAUGAAAUAUUUAGAAGUAUUAUACUACAUAAUCUGUACAUACUAUGUACUAUAAAUAUUCUAGUUGGAGGCACAAAGAUGUUAAGAAAAGUGUAAGUGUAAGGCCAUAGCCUUGUUACUAGCUGUAAAAACAAAACAGAAACCAGGGGAUUGUGCAGAUUCUUCUGCUGCUACCCUGUUUUCAAGGACAUAUGGAAUUGUUUCUAUCUUCAGAUAAUGGUUAUUUUUGGAAGCUUUAAACUUUGAAGAACCGAAGGACAUGUUUUUAUAUAAAUCUUUAUAAACUCAUGUAUUUUUGGUAUGCCAAUAUUAAGUAUACCAAAAGUAAUAGGUGUUUAACUAAUGACAAUGCUUAUGACCCAGAUAAGUGUCAUCUGUUGCUGUGUUUAAGGAUAUUAAGCACAGUAUGAGGUAGAAUGACCUACAUUUCCACAAAUAUUUUUUGAUAUUUUUGAUUAGCCCAGUCUUUUAAUCAUAUAUUUAAAAUAUGGUGGCUUUUGAAAAAAUUGUGCCAUAUUUUCUUAACAUUGUGUAAAAAUUCUUAUAAUUAUAUUCAUAAUCAUAAUUUGGAAGAGAAGUUUGUUUCUGACAGUCAGGAUUAAAAAUCUGAUUCAGAGUUGAUGCAUGUUCCUUAUAAAUAGUACCCUUAGAAAGUGAUUCAUAGUUUCAGGGAGUUUUACCUCAAAAUUUUCUCUUCAUUUUCUAUCUAUCCAUGCUGCUGUGAACUACAUAAGAUAUAUGUAUAUAUGUAUGCAUAUACAUAUACACACAUAUAUAUAUAUAUUUAUAUAUAUGUAGUACUUAUGAUGAAAGUAAUAUAUAUAUAUAAAAUGUCUCUUUUUAGUGUGUACAUUUCCAACUAGACAAUAACAUUGUUAUCUUCCCAGAUGGUCUUGAUCGGAGAUUGUGGUCAGUUAAAUUUAGCCAACCAGAAUAAUAUAAUGAUGGCAUUAAAUUGCUUUUCACAAAGUACCACAAAACAUUUUUUCCUACAUUAAAAUAAUCCAGACACUUGGUUUUCUCUGUUGUAAAGCUAUACAAUUAACAAAAUUCAUUUUAAUGUAAAAAUACAACCUUAGUAACAGCUAAAAAGAAUGCUUUAAUAGUAUUCUGAAUCCUAAAACAUUUCAUAAUUGUGCAUGUUUUUAAACAACUUGCCAUAUUAAACUAACCUUCUUGCUUCUUUUUUUUUUUUUCCCUUUACCAUGCUUACAGAAAUUUUAUGCCUACAGGGAGUGGAUUAUGACUCUCGAUAGUAGUAGUAGUGAUGAUGAAGAUUAGUCAGAUUUGUAUUAUUUAAACGCAUGCAUAUUUAUUAUUUUGAGUUGAAUGUCUUCAUUCACAUACUCUUGUGUGGCUGCUUUUGUAACUUCCAUAGUUCAUUAGUUAGGGUAUUAAAUUAUUUUCCCCUUUCACUAUAUUUUUACAGAACUUUGGAAAGAAAUAUAAUUAUACUAUAUAAACAGAGAAAUAGGAAUGAUUUUAUGUCUAAAGUCAGUCAUAUUAUAUACAUAUAUAUAUCAUUUGUGCCCACAAUAUUGUGUAGUAUUGUAAUGACAAGUGCCUUUUUCAGAUUUGCCUGUAAAUUGUAUUUUUGUUAUUAUUUUCAUAUUUGUAAGUUUUUCUUUAUAGUAUCUUUUUAUUUUAAGUCACCUCCUUAUUUGUUAAACAGAAUUAAUUUUAUUAUAUGGAUGCUUUCCAUGUAACCUUUCUGGACUUUAAUGUAUUACCAAUGUAUUAAAGAAAAAAAAACAGAGAGAAAAACAGCUUAUCGGUUUUUUAUAUUUACUUUCUAUUUCAGAACUACCUUGUCAGUUUCCUUUCAGUAACAAUAAACUUGUGUAAUUUGAAAGAAUAUGAAUCUGUUUUUCUGUUCCAUCAUUCAUAGUACAUGGAAGGAACAUUAUAUAUUUGAUAAAAACCAUUGUGAUUUGUCCUAGAAAGGUUAAAUAAUAUAAACAUUUGUCCUCUCAAAAGGGAGUAAAAAGAACCAUUUUGCUAACAUGUUCGCUUUCUCCUUAGUUCCAUCAGUUAUUUUAACAUUUGAUUUUACAGAAUUUGGGGCAGCAAUGUAAUAGUUUCUGUUCCUUUGUAAAAAUGUGUAAAGAAUUUUAGUGAGUUAAUAAUGACUGUUUUCUUACAUUGUUUCAUUUUAUGUCUUACUUUAUAUAUCCUUCCACAGUAUCUCUUUGAAGUAUUCAUUUUAUCCAUAAACUGUUAUUAAUUGGCUCAAGUAGUCAAGACAUUUUCUAAUAUAUAUUAUUAUGUUUAUAUCUUGUCUGCUCUUGAAGGGAAAUGCCUAACUCUGCCUUGAAAUAGUUGGAAAAGUCAGCAAGUAAAGCUGUAUUUCUUUUAGAGCACCACAAGUUUGCAUUUUACAUAUUUUCACUGAGUUGAUUUUAUGCCCUGGUCAUCUUCCCUUAGAAAUGUGACAUCGCAAAGAGUUUGCAAAGAAUAAAUGCUGGCAAAAUGUGGUAGUUGAUGCCUCUUGACUACUGUAUUUUUUAGUGGAUCAAAAUGAUCUUCACCUUCAUUAAUAGUAAAACAUAUUGUUUCAUCAUUACCCUUGCUGUAAAAAACUACAAAAAUGUAUCCUAUAGUUUGGUUUCCUCAUUAAACUGGCAGCUAGCUCAGGCUAUGGAUAUUCUGAUUUUCUUCUAGUUCUGAAGUCUGUGUUAUUAUUCUUCCAUAGAUCAUUAGUCUUUGAAGUGACCAUUUUGGUUUUAAAACUUCAGGAUUUAUAAAUAUUGGGUGCAGAAAAAUGUAAGCAUGGAAACAAAGCACUACAUGAAGAUGUUCAUUCCAUUAUGUUCACUUAGAUGGCAUAAAAACUAAUGUCUCUAUCAAGGAAUAUAGAGAAAUUAAAUGCCUCUAUACUUGUUCUUUUCAAGCAAUCAGAGCAUAUAGAUGAUAGUAGCAACCUUUGUGUGCCUACCCCUGCUAUCAUUGUUUCUUAAGAUCAUACCACCAGUUCCCUAUUCCACAUCAUUCCCUUCAACCAUCCCUUCCAAAAAUUCAUAAUUUUACUAGAUGCCAGAAGUUACAUGGCUAACUAAUUUUCUGCAUGUAUGUACCUGUGAAGAGAAAAAUUGGAAAGGAAAAUUUUUCUUACCAUCAGCUGUAUAGAGUACAGAUAAUGACUUAGUGAUAAUACUGAAUUGCUUGUGUCAAAGAUAUUUCAUAUUUUGUUAAAUAGUUCUGUUGUAGGGGAGGAAAAGAGGGAUGGUUUUAUUUUAAAAAUAACAAAGCAUUAGCCAUGUAUUUUUGCAGUGUAUUAACAGGAAAAGGAUCCAGAUAAUCUAGAAGUUAAUUUGAUCUUGUUCAUUUGAGUAAUGAUACCUUAUUUUUGUAUAGCACUAAAAUGUCAACAAAAUGCUUUCCUCAUAUAAUAAAAUCAUGCCGUACAAACUUUAUGCACAUUUUCAAAAGGAAAAAAUUGUGGCUCAGAGAGGUUAAAUGAUUUUUUUGCAUUGUAAAUAAAUGCUGGGUCUAGGAUAUAAACCCAAGUCUCUUAAUGGAAAGAGCCCUAAAUCUAGGGCUGUUUCCAUGUUUCCUGUAAUACAGGACAUUCCAUUCACAUAGGAAAAUCCCUCUAGAAAUGGGUUUGAGGGGGAAAAAAGGAAAGAAAUAGGUUUGAGGGGGCAGCUAGGAGGUGCAGUGGAUAGAGCACCGGCCUUGG